AUGAGCAAAAUUCAGUGACCCAGUUCCACUUCCUCAGCUGGAUUACUCUUCCUCAUCUGGCAUGUCACACACACAAUCAGCUGGACUAUUUCCUAAGCAAAAAAAUGCAUCUUUAUAUUGGCUCCCUUUCCAUUCCCUUCAAGAUUCAAAUCCUUUUGCAGGCAUGCACAGGAUUGGUUAGAAAUGAGCACUAUCAAGUUCAGUGGGCCACAUUCCCUUGUAAGUAGGCACAGGAUUGCAGCCCAGGUUUUCAUUUAUUAAAGCUGAACAGAUUUACAACUAAUUUAUUUUGCUGUAUUAGCAACUUUAAAUUGUAUCUGACCAGCUGAAUUAUGUUGCUUUACAAGAAAUGAACAAGUGUUAACACAAGGAGCCAUAAAGAAACAGCUCCAUGCUUGCAAAGCUCUUUGGCCAUUGAUGCUGCAGGAUUGGCCCCACUGUUAGGUAGGGUGAGAUGGCUGUUUCAGGCAGCAGAUCUUAGAAUUCUAGAGUUGCAAGGGAUCCUCUGGAUCAUCUAGUCCAAUCCCCUGCAAUGCAAGAAUAUGCAGCUGUCCCAUACAGGGAUCAAAAUGGAGGCAGGGGAGUGAAGGCACGUUGUUGGGAAGACAGGGCUGUGUGUACGAUGCAUAGCUUGCCCUGCACCCGCUAAGCUAACCUGCUGCCCUCAAAUGUGGAGGAUUCAGUCCUGUUGCCAUUGUUGAAGUAAGGUCAGUCUGGCUACUUUUGGUACAUGCAAUUGGGAGGGGACUCCCUCUUGUCCGUCACCUCAGGCAGCAAAAUGCCUGCAGCUGGCCUAGCAAGCAAGGUUUGAUAGCACAUAUAAAGCAGAAAGCAGUGAGGAUUUGGGCAACGAAUCUAUUUUUUCCUCCCACUGCUGUUUAGCAUUGCCCUCAAAGGUCAAGUCUUUCAUAGGUACAAGAUAAUAAUGGAGUUCUCUUAUGUGCCACCUCCCACCCUCACCCAUUGCAGAGAUUCUUUCAAACAAUUACUCCUUGUUCUGAAACUUAAAACAAGCAGAGAAUGGGGCUGCUGAAUUUAAAACCUGCAGGGCCAUUAAUCUGCCAUUACAACGUAAUCUUGUUUCAUUUCCUGUCCUUUCUCCAGUUUACAUUAAAGCGCUGAAGCAUCAAAUCACUUACGGCUUUGCAGAUUUACGCAUGUCUUUGGGGCAAAAGUGCAGUUCUGUUCUUAUUAAGCCCCUGAAUGCAACUCCUUUUUUCCCUCUCCAGUGUUCCACUACCACCCUCCCACAUACAAAUGCUCACACUGUUUUUCCAGCUAUCUGUGCUUAAGGAGGGCAAAUGUGACAGUGGCUGUACCAUAAGGGAUAACUAAGCUGUACCCUUUCUUGAUAGGGACACACUGAUCAGCAUUUUGAAUCAACUUAUUUUGAACUGGAAAACUACUGGAAGAUCCUGCCACUUAUUCACUGCUGCAGGAGUCAAAGUAUGUACAAAGGUCUCUUUUCCCCACUUAUUUCCUCAGGGUAAACAGCAACAGAGGUCACACACAUAGCUUUUCACUGCCUACGCACUGGCUCAGAGAAUAUUUGGCCAAAAAAAAGUCUAUAUCUGCCACUGAGUAAAUUGGUGCAGAUUGUUUAAUAUUACUUUAAUCUUGCUGAAGAAAGCAAUAGACUUGACUCCUGCUCCUUCCAAUCUCCCUCCUCUUCGCCUGCUGCUUCCUCCCGCCCCCAAUAUGAUCUAACAGUUUCAUUCAGUAUUAAAUGAACCAAGAUUUAUCAUAAAAGAAGUUUCAUAUAAAUUUUCUAUUUUGACUAUCUCAAAAAUGUUGGAGAAUUCCAUCCCCACCAAUGCCGUCUCCAAAGAAUAUUCAAUGAAUCCCACCACCUCCUAACUUUACCACCUGCAAAUAAGUUCUGUUUGGGCAGUUCAUUUUAUAUGGGAAGCAGCACUGAGGGAGGGGUUCUUUAAUUUACUCACCCUGAAGCUUCUAUGAGACACAUACAGCAUCUGAUUCAAGAUUACAUUCUUUCAGAGGUCUACAAGAGAAACUGAUGCUCACGCCAUUGAUGUCAGCAUAAAUAAUUUGACUACUGUGAUCUCAGAAGUAAGACAACUUCAUGUGUGUAUGCUAACAGAUCUACCAACGUGUCUAUACAUACACAAGAAUUUAGGGACAAUUAUGGGACGCGGGGGGCCUCUGUGGGUUAAACCACAGAGCCUAGGACUUGCCGAUCAGAAGGUCAGCGGUUUGAAUCCCCACGAUGGAGUGAGCUCCCGUUGCUCGGUCCCUGCUCCUGCCAACCUAGCAGUUCGAAAGCACAUCAAAGUGCAAGUAGAGAAAGAGGUACUGCUCCGGUGGGAAGGUAAACGGCAUUUCUGUGUGCUGCUCUGGUUUGCCAGAAGUGGCUUAGUCAUGCUGGCCACAUGACCCGGAAGCUGUAUGCCGGCUCCCUUGGCCAAUAAAGUGAGAUGAGCACCACAACCCCAGAGUGGGUCACGACUGAACCUAAUGGUCAGGGGUCCCUUUACCUUAUACUACAGAAAUGGGAAAGAUAGAAAUAUGAAGGAGACAUGAUAUGCAAAUAAUUACCCUCCUUGAAAGAGAUAAUCAAGAGUAGUAGUCUCCUGAGUUUUACCAUGAUUUGCGAGUGCCCAGUUGUGACUGAAUUCAGAGUUUCUGACAGCAAUUUAAACUGCAAAUUUCAGCAGUUUAACAAGUAGAUCGGGGUUUCCCAAACUUGGGUCUCCAGCUGUUUUUGGGCUACAAUUUCCAUCAUCCCUAGCUAGCAGGACCAAUGGUCAGCAAUGAUGGGAAUUGUAAGGAAACUCUGAAUUAGAUAAAAUAAGCAUGAAAUUUUCUCUACUCCUGAAAGGAUGCCCUCAAUAGACACUGAUGAGGUCAGUAAGUCGGCCAUCAUGCCUGUCCAACUUGCCUACUUCAAAACCUCACAAUAAAGUUAAGAAAACAGAAAAAGCUUUCAUGCUGAGAUACCACUGGCUUGUUAUUCCCACCAGGAUCCUGAGUAAUCCAAAGAAAACAGCAUAUAUGGUUGAGAGGCAGGGAGAGGAGGCAAGCUUAAGAGAUCUAGAUAGGCCAGAGCACUAGUGUUAGCUCUAAGAAAAAGGGUGAGCUCAUUAAAGAUAGAAGUAGACAGAAGUGACAACUGUGUUACACUGAUUUUAACGUGUUUUAAAUUGCUAUGUCCCACACCCUGGGAUCUUAUGGUGAAAGCUGGGUAAUACAUCAAAUUAUUAAUAAUAAUACAAAAGACACAGGUAGUGAGCUGUCACCAGGCACUGCAGUGCAACUUUCUUGCUGUGGUGUAUCAGGGAGGUUACAAGGGAUCUCUAAUCAAUAAAAACUCACAACCAGGUGACUGAGGUAACCCUUGUGUGGAAAAGUGAAGAUAUUACUUAAGCCAGACAUGGCCAAACUUGGCCCUCCAGUUGUCUUGGGACUACAAUUCCCAUCAUUCCUGACCACUGUUCCUGUUAGCUAGGGAUGAUGGUAGUUGUAGUCCCAAAACAGCUGGAGGGCCAAGUUUGGCCAUGCCUGGCUUAAGCAAUGCAAAUCUAGACUAAAUCCAGUUAUUGGUGGAGACUUUUCUUUCUCAGAGUUAAUUAAUUGCUGAAUGGAGGUAUAUGUAUGCAUUCAAUAUGGUACUGGUUCCAGGGACUAAUGAGGCUUGUACCUGCAUUGUGGGCAACUGCUGCAGGAGAUUCUAUUUAAAACAGUGCUGUUUCCUCUAAUUCCACUGCAGUGA